AAUAAAAAGUUAUGUUUGAUAUUAAAUGAGUAAGAGAAAAUUUUUACAAAAUUUUAUAUAAACCUACAUUGGUUUAAGACUAUAAGAUGAAACAUUAAACUGUUUUGAUUAUGUGCAAUUGCAUAUGUUGUAUUGUUACAGAAGCAGUAUGUUUUUUAUUAUGCCUAAUGGGACUUUUGUUGCUUUUUUUAACCGAUAAAAACUCUUCUUAUUUUAUUGCUGGUGUAGUACUGAUUGGUGUUUUUGGAAUUUUUUGUUUCUGCAGCUUUUUAAUUUUAAUUUUUAUUAUAUGUUACUCUGGUAACUGUUAUGAUUUUGUUGAUUGUAUAAAAACCGUAGUAAGUUAUGAGUGGCGGAAAUCUCGCAGUCAAAAUGUUUCUCGUGUACAGUCAAGUAAUCAUAAUGGUGUAACUCAAUCAAGUACUCUAAGUGUUUUGCCUAUUCAUACCAACUCUUUUUUGAAUGAAAAUAAUUUUGAAAAUGUGUCAUCAACCGUUGUCAGACGUAUUGAGGGCAUCAACUCAGCAAAUAAUUUACAAUCAGAUCCACCAAUAUACGAAGAGUCGUUCAUCAAUGCAGCUGUUUGUUUUUCAUCUCAAGAUGAAAUAUUUGUGUAAUAGUAGGAAAAAUAUGAAGAAAUCUUUUAAA